CAGAUUAACGGAAUUCUGUCGUCAGCGAGGGUAGAGGAGCAGAGAGGCAGGGAGUGGUGAUCUGUGACCAGUCCUUUCUCUCCCAAGCCCAUGCUGGAGACUGCUUUCCGGAACUCACUCGCGAGGGUGGUGUCCCGAACGUGAGCAGAGACCUCAGAUCUGCCGCCAUGACGACAGCCUCCCGAAGUUGGUUUUCGUCUUCGCCUGCGGGGCAGCCCUUCAUCCACAGCCUCUCCCAGAUAACCCGCAGCCUUUACAUCAGCAGUGGGGUGGCCGCCAAUAACAAAUUCCUUCUGUCUAGCAAUCACAUCACCACGGUCAUCAACGCUUCAGUGGAGGUGGUGAAUACAUUCUACGACAACAUCCAAUACUUGCAGGUACCUGUGACCGAUACUCCCAACUCACACAUCUAUAACUUUUUCGAUAUUAUUGCUGCUCACAUCCACAGCGAGGACAUGAAGCAGGGCCGAGCGCUGCUACAUUGUGUUGCGGGAGUGAGUCGAUCAGCCACCUUCUGCCUUGCGUACCUCAUGAAAUACCACGCCAUGACCCUGCUGGAUGCCCACGCCUGGACCAAGACGCGUCGCCCCAUCAUCCGGCCCAACAACGGCUUUUGGGAACAGCUGAUCCAUUAUGAAUUCAAACUGUUCAGCAGGAACACAGUAAAAAUGAUCAGCUCGCCAGUGGGUGUGAUUCCUGACAUCUACCACAAAGAAGUCCAGUCGAUGAUGCAGAUGUGAGCUACUCAGCCCACCCCGAUGUCCCUGGCCAACAAUGCCUAUUGAUGGGCAACAAAAGACAGAGGGGGGUUGGAAUUUUAAAUAUGCCAGUCUUAUCUUUAAAGAAUAAAAAUCACUAUGUAUAA